CUAGCAGCGGCGGCUAAUCCGGCUAACGGCGGCGGUGAUGGCGGAGCUGGUGCAGGGACAGGCCUCGAUGAACCAGCCGGGGCUCAAGUCAGACGGCCUGGUCGAUGUUUUACAGAGGGCCCGGCAGAUUGUGGGGAAAAUGGGGGGAGAAGCCAUGUCCCACCUCAACAGCUCCUCAGGAAGCGUGGAGUCCACGCUCUACUACCCCGGACAGAAGCGACCCGGAGAGGACGGAGUGGGUAACCAGCUCCCAGCCAUGGGCCAUCAGAGGGUGAUGACAGAGGAGUACAAGGUCCCGGACCGGAUGGUGGGCUUCAUUAUCGGCAGAGGCGGCGAGCAGAUCACCAGGAUCCAGCUGGAGUCGGGAUGUAAGAUCCAGAUCGCCUCAGAUAGCGGAGGGCUGAUGGAGCGGCCGUGUUCACUGACCGGAACUCCAGAGAGCAUCGAGCAGGCGAAGCGGCUGCUGGUCCAGAUCGUGGAGCGGUGUCGGAACGGGCCGGGUUUCCAUGGUGACGGCGACGGCGGCGCCGCGGUGCAGGAGAUGCUGAUCCCGGCCAGCAAGGUGGGGCUGGUGAUCGGCCGCGGCGGCGACACCAUCAAGCAGCUGCAGGAGCGGGCCGGGGUCAAGAUGAUGAUGAUCCAGGACGGGCCGCUGCCGACCGGUGCCGACAAGCCGCUCCGCAUCUCCGGAGAUCCCUACAAAGUCCAGGCGGCCAAGGAGUUGGUUCUGGAGGUGAUCCGGGAGAAGGAUGGGGAGUUUCGGUCCGGACGCAGCGACUUCGGAGGCAGGCUGGGCGGAACCAAUCUGGACGUUCAGGUUCCGAGGUUCGCUGUCGGCAUCGUGAUUGGCAGGAACGGAGAGAUGAUCAAGAAGAUCCAGAACGACGCCGGGGUCAGAGUUCAGUUCAAAGCAGAUGAUGGCAUCAGUCCGGAGCGCGUCGCCAUGGUGAUGGGUCAGCCGGAGCGCUGCCAGCACGCGGUCCACCUCAUCAACGAGCUCAUCCAGACGGCCCAGGAGCGGGACGGCUUCGGCUCGGCCCUGCGGAGCUCCAGGGUCAGAGGUCGCAGUGACUGGACCAUGGGCUCUCCCGGCCCGCUGCAGGAGGUCACCUACACCAUCCCAGCUGAUAAGUGCGGCCUGGUCAUUGGCAAAGGCGGUGAAACCAUCAAGAGCAUCAACCAGCAGUCCGGGGCCCAUGUGGAGCUGCAGAGGAACCCGCCGCCCUCCACCGACCCCAACACCCGGGUCUUCACCAUCCGCGGCUCCGCCCAGCAGAUGGAGGUCGCCCGCCAGCUCAUCGACGACAAGAUCGGGGGAUCGGGGAUCAUGAGCAACGGAGGAUUCGGCUUCGGCCCCUUCACCCAGGGCCCUGCUGCCCACCACAACAGCGGCCAGCCGUUUGUGACCGGUGUUUGGGGGAACACCUACCAGACCAGCUGGCAGAACCCGGGACAGCAGGACCCAGGUCAGCAGAACCAGCCUCAGAACAUGAUGACGGACUACAGCAAGGCCUGGGAGGACUACUACAAGAAACAGAGUCAGUCGUCUCAGCAGAGUUCGGUGCCAGACUACACUGCAGUGUUAGCAGAAUACUACAGACAGCAGCCCUACCUGUGGAACCCCGCCCAGAUCCAGGAUCACUAGAGGCUCCUUCGUCUCGGGCUCCAGGCGUCGGACGGUCGUUGACAGCAACCAAAACGGGGUUUCCAAGCAACGCUCUGCCGCUUCUUUCUUCCUUUUUGUAGAGAAAAACUAAGGAUUAACUGAAAAAUCACAAACUCUUUUCUUUCUGUUUUUUAACCUUACAGAGUUGAUAUUUUGUCAGGCAGAUUUUUUUGGACUAGCCUCUGGUCUCCACAGCAUAGACCUGAUUUUCUUUUUUUUUUUUUUUUAUCAAACUUGAACUUAAAGAUCUAUCAGUGUGGCUUUGAACAAAAACAAAUCCAGUAUAAUCUAUAUUUUGUCUAGUUUUAUUUUUCUGAUAAACGGUAAAAGGCUUAGCAGUCUUGAGUAAGAAAAUCAGAUAUAUUAUUUUGUUCAUGAUAAUGUUUUAAAGCAUGCGUCAGAUUGUGUGUUGACUCUCAGUUAUCUUUUUUAUUUUGGCAUAGAAAUAUUUUAAUAGCGUUGGAUGGAAAUGUGAUGUUUUACCGUCAGAGAUAAAACUGUAUUUUGUACUAAAUUUUUGCUCGCUGGGUCUUUCUACUCACCUGAUUUCACCUGUUUGGUCGCCAUCUUGGAGGUGCAAUGACACGAUUGUUUUCUUUGGUUUGAUGAUUCUUCUUCCUGUUUAUCGAUAGUGAACUCUCUAGGUUUUAUUAUGUAACGAUGAAACAAGUGGCGAUCAUAUUGUUGUCUAAAGCCAGAUCUCUCUGUGGUCGAAGACGUUUCCUGGCAGGAAAGAACCUCAGCAGUUCAGCACCACUUUUUAUAAAAACAGGAGGAUAUUCCUUGUUUUCUUCCACAGUGAAACUGAAUUAUUGCUGUUAGUUCUGCUUAGUUUGUGUGGAGAAACGUUGAAGCUGGUCAGUGUUACCUCAGCGGAUGUUUGCUGAAUGAAUGUGUUUAGGUGAAUGUAGCUGAGUGGAUGUGGGAGACGAAUGGACGCUCACGUUCUAUCAAAAAGUCCUAAACCAAGUAAUCAGGUGAGCCUGAUGGUUUAACAUGUGAACACUGUUUUGCCUUGACAAAAUUUAAAAGAGCUGACAGAAUAAAAAGCUAUUGAUCUUUGACAUUUACUGAUAUUCUUUUUCAACUUGCUAACAAACUGCCAAACGUGGAGCGCUCUAUGCACAACUUUGCUUUUUGUUUGAACCAACGAAGCUCGGUAAAUCUGGCCUGCCAUGCGUGAAAUGUUCAUGUUUUCCUCCCAAAUAUGCAAAUGCAACAUUUAAGUUAACGGGAACUGAAGUAACAGCAGACGGCUCUUUUCUAACCAGCAAACUUAACGUCCCUUUAUUGGCUUUGACUAUUUCUCUCCAGUAACAUUUUAACAGACAUUAAGAAAUUAAACAAUCAUUAAAGUUAACCCUCUACUUACUUUCAGCAAAGAAAUAAUGUGAAUAUUCUGCAAUGGAAAUAAAAAUAAAUGUAAAAUAUCUGUUAAACUUGCUGAUAUUUUAACUUCCUGACAGAAGCUGAGCUUCAUCUGCAUAAUCUUUAAACAAAAUAUUUAGAUGUAAACCGUCAGAUUUUUAUCUCUGUUCUCAAUAUGCAGGUUUAUGCUAACCUGUGAUGUCAUCAGCUCACAGGUUAAAGGUCAGCUCUGACUUUACAGUUAACAUCAGAAAUAGAUUUUAAACUCAAAAAAAUCAAACUAGAUUAAAUCUUGUUAAACUACAGGAGAAAAAUGAUGACUUUUCUAAAUCCAGUUGUGAAUUUAAUAAAAUAAUAAAGUGAGAAACAAGCAGCAGCAGUCGGACUAUCAGCAUUUUAAUAUUUACUACGUUUCAUUUUUAACAUCCUAACUGUUGUUUCAGUGUGAACAAAAACUUAAAUACUGAGUAAUUUAACCCCAAACCAAGCUAGCUUAGCUUCAUGCUAAGCUCAGACUCAUCGUCAUCCUCCACACUAACCCUGCAUAUGUACGCUCAUUAAAAUUUAAACAUCUUACCCAGGUUGCAUAUCUUUGACAUAAUUAGUGUUGAUUUUCCAACUAACUGUAAAAAUGGGUCCAGAUUUCAGUUCUGAUGUUUCAUUUUUAAACCGAGGAGUUAGCAUAAGGAAGAACUCGUCUGUGGAUUUGAAAUUAAUAAGCUACUAAAGAUUUUUUCAAUAUUGCUAGGAAAACGGACAAAACCAGUAAUUAAAUGGCUCCAAAGAAACGGCUGGUGUAAAUGGUUAAAUAUUAAAUAUUAACUCCAAAAUGAUCCGUUUUAAUUGAUGAGCUGCCAAACCUGCUUUGAGUUCAACAUUUUCCUGCCUGGUUUAACAAUAAUUUAGCUGAAAGUGGUUUAGCUUAGCUACCAGAAGCCGUUAGCUUAGCUUCCUGAAGACAUUAGCUUAACAUUAUGUGUAUCCGAGCGGUGCUGAUUUAUGCUUUAUCUGUGUGUGUGUGUGUGUGUGUGUGUGUGUGUGUGUGUGUGUGUGUGUGUGUGUGUGUGUGUGUGUGGUUAUUAAGGGUUGGUAAUGUUCCUCAAAAAGUAGUUCUGUUGUUUUCAAACUUGCACAAAUGUAAAUAUAUUUUUGGCUUUUCUUAUUGAAAUUCAGCUAAUUUACUGUUUAAGCUUAUUUGAUGCAAAUUUGGUAAAAUUUAAAGACUUGUUCAUUUUAUUUUUUAAGAGAUGUCAGUCCUGAAGUUUUUAGUUUUGUCUAUUUUUUGAAAUCUUUGUUUCGAUUUUUCUACAAGUUUAAUUCCAUCUGUUGCAGUAUUUCAGGUUCGUUAGCCAACAUGUCCUGUUAGCUGCAGGUUUGGUCCUCAGAUUAUUAGCGAGCUGCAGUUUGCUGGGUUUGUUCGGUAGCCAUGUCUGCGCGGCCAGCCGGCGGCGGCGGCGGCGGCGGCUCUGUUAGCGUCGGACCACAGAGAGGUUUGUCUUGUUUCCGGAGAUCUGGCUGUUAUUGAAUCAAUGGUUCUGCUUUCUGUGUGAUGAUGAUGAUGAUAAAGACAAUAAUAAUGAGUUCUCCUCUUCAGGGGUUUAUUUAAAUCGUAUAAAUAUUCAGUUUGUCGAUGAGACGCUUUGGUUUGUGUACAUUUCCUCUGGCGGUGCUCUCCACUUAAAAUGGUUUGUUUCUGUUCUACUGUUUAAUUCACAUGUUGUGUUUAACCGAUCUGCGAGUGUGUGUGUGUGUGUGUGUGUGUGUGUGUGUGUGUGUGUGUGUGUGUGUGUGUGUGUGUGUGUGUGUGUGUGUGUGUUUCCUCAAGACUGCUAGGUGAACUGCCUCCUGCUCUGACCCCCCGGAGCGCCGCCCGUCCCGGCGCCGGUUUGGUUCCGACCCGCCUGUAAUUGGGCCAGAGAUUAGCUGAAGCUCCGCCCCUUUAUGGCAGGGCGGCUCCGGGUCGGGCGGCGCCGCAUUGUUAAAACAGCUGGAGUGGAUUCAUGCCAGGUGUCCGGUUCUGGUUCCGACAGCUGCGACCAGAACCGGAGCUGCGCGCACCGGCCCACUUCAGCGUCCGGCUUCCUGAUGGGAGUCGGGUUCUGGAGGGCAGCUUCUGGUUUCAUGGUUUCUGUUCUUUUUCUAAUGGACAGACGUCCGACUGUAACCUGCAGAUUUUUCUAUUAGAUUCUAUUGACAGACAGAACCGGGCCGCGGGCUGCUGUUAAUCUGAGGGCUAAUAAACCGGAUCCUUGUUUCUGAGUGAAAAA